UUGGCAACCUGUGUAAGGCGGGGCUGUGGGCGGCGAGCCGCCAGCCGUCCCGUUCACACCUCAUACCGCGCCUGAACGCCGCGCUGCCUAGUCACCUGUCCGCCAUUCAUUCCAGCAUGACUCGCGAAGAAGAAAUGAAAGAGGCAGCACUUGCAGCCGCCGGUGAAGCAGAGACGGCAACAGAGAGGCUGCGGUGUCUGUGUCUGAGCCGCGGGUACAACGGCAUCAUGCAGUUUGGAAGGCUUUUCCGAAUAGCCGAUGAUGACGGCAGCCACACCCUGAAUCUGGAGGAGCUGACGGAGGCGCUGCAGAACUUUGGACUCGAGAUGUCUGAGGAGGAGGUCGGGGAGAUCUUCAGCGCCAUGGACGAGGACGGCACAGGCUCCAUCAACUAUGACGAGUUUCUGGACAAGCUAAGGCCUGAGAUGACGGAGGAUCGCACGGCGGUGGUGCUGGAGGCCUUCGCGAAGCUGGACGAGUCUGGAGACGGCAUGGUCACUCUGGAGGACGUGAAGGGCAAAUACGAUGCCUCCAACCACCCAAAGGUCGUGUCCGGCGAGAUGUCCGAAGACGACGUGCUCACCAGGUUCCUCGGGCGAUUUGAGGGCAGCACCAAGCAGGACGGGGAGGUAACGAAGGAAGAGUUUCUGGAAUACUACUCCGGCGUCAGUAAAUCCAUAGACGAGGACGAAUACUUUGUGGAGAUGAUUAAGCAAGUAUGGAAGCUGUAAGGAGUGACGAGCUGCGACGGGUCGAGAAGAGGAAGCACUGGUGAAGGACAGAGACAUCAUCGAACACCGCCUCGAACUGCGCACUGCAACUCUUGAAGCAGUAUUUGAACUACCCACUGCAAGCAACCCGCGCUACUUCACCACUGCAGAUCAAUAAGGAUAUGAUAGCUGUUGUUGUUGGUGACGCUUCUUGAGAUGAGCAAGCGUCACACUAAUUAAUUUCACUGGUGACACUAACAGCCGGAGUCUUCACAUUGGAAGCUUCGGAAUAUUCAGAUGGCGGGAGUCUCGAGCGCUGCCGUGAAGAGUACUGGGUAUUUAUUGUGUGUCGGCGUCGACGCCUUGGUUGUCGUUGUGUGUGUUUGUGUUUAAGUCACGAGCAGGGUGAGCCUCCCGCCAGCACGGUGAGUGUGAGUGUGGCACCGCCAGCUUUUUUGUUUUCUGAUCACCUAUGGCCUUGAACUCUAGUCUAAUAUACAUGUUUUCCCGCCAUACACACACACACACACACACACACACACACACAUGAUUCUGCAGACGAUGAAUGAAGUCAAAUUACGGAAACAAUUUUAUUUAUUUUUCUAUUUCACUGUUAUUGUCUCUGUAAAGGGAAAGAAAAAAAAUAAAAACAACAACAACACAAUUUCCUCUUGGAUCAAUCUUACAAGUCUUUCUUUUCGUGACUGUCAACCAGGUUGUUACAUCCAGAUUUGUUGACAACUCAGCCUGACAUCACGGGCAGUCACGGAAAGGCCUUGACGUAACCACACGGCCUACACUGGUCUCAGCAGAGGCUCGAGUAGGUCAUAUUAACAUGGAAUACAGUAAUUGUGAUGAUUAAGGUGAUGAGAGAUCAUUUGAUGAGCCGAAAAUUGCUUUAAUCUUUAGUGCAGUGGUAGUGAUUCAGUAAGCGAUGUUGGAAUGGCGAUUACACACACACACACACACACACACACACACGUUUCAGUCAAUCUUCUGUGUGUAUCUAACUGCAAGCAAGUAGUAGUAAUGCAACCUUCAUGUCUCUUCCUUGUAUGAAUGAUAUCAAUAGUUCAUGGAAUUUUUUUUUUCUCACAGCUCACAUAAUUAUCACAAUGAAUUACUGUCUAAUGUGAUAUUUUGUUAAUAGUGAUAGUUUUUCUUAAGGAAAAUGGUUUCCUAUAUUCCCGUGUAAAGUUAUGGAAGCGAUAACCAUGGCUUUUUAUUUGUGUGGCUUGGUAUGUCGUUAAAUGAGGAGGAAGAGGAACAUCGUACAGCAGAUAAAAGUACGCGGUGAUGCAUGAUAACGCUUGUGUAAAACUUUGUAUUAUUUUUCUUUUGCUUCACCGAUAAAGUGCAUAAUAUAAA